CUACCUUUACUAUAGUUCCCAACUUUUUCACUUGGAUUCUGACGCUAAUCAUGAUAGAAGAUUAAAAUUUGCUUUUACGAGCUCGAGAAAUGAAAAACUCCCAAGGAAAUCUCCAAUGUUUAUAAAUUCUAAAUAUACUCUAUUAAAUAAUAACAAAAUUUGUAAUAUAAAAUAUAAUUUGGAGUGGUAGUCGGAAAAGAAUAUGUUUUAAUGCUGAAAAUACAGCAAAGUAAUAUGGUUUUGACACCAAAAUAAUGUUUAUAGAUUGGAGAUGUCUUAAUUGUAAGAGGUCAACAAAAAGAACUAAAAUGUAAUAUAUACUCCAUCUGUUUUAAAUUAGUUGAUAUUUCAAAUUUUUGCACACUUAUUAAAAAUAUGUGAAUUCUUAUACAUUUUUCUAUUUUCCAUAAAUUAUAUUAAUUAAAGCAUAUCCAACCAAUAAAAAAGUCAUACUAUAUAACAUAAAUGGUCAAAAACAUCAAAUAACAUCAAAGUUUUGCAUAAAAUUUUGAAAAUAUCAUCUACAUUGAAAUAAAAAUUUAAAAUUUAAAACAAGAAUUAAAAUGAAACAGAGGGUUUAUUAUAAUAGAAUAACUAGAUCUUGACCCGCGCUUGAAAGCGCGGGUUCUUUUGUUAUAUCAAAUUUUUAUGUUAAUUAGUAUUUUGUGAUUGUUUUACAUUAUUAUGUUAUAAAGUCAAAUUAUAUAAAAGAAUUAUUUAAAAAAAUAUAUAUAUAAUUCAUGAAUUAUUUUAUUUAGAAUUAUGUAUAAAUCUUACGUAAUUCUCUCUUACGCAUGGGUAUUUUACAUGAACCCCAAAAAAUCAAACCAAAAUUAACUCGAAAAUACUGGUUCACAUUGUGUCCAGAGAAAAAUACAUAUUUUUAGAAAUGUGGUUCUCUGUUCGCGUCUGAGACCUACAUGAAACCCGUUUGGGAGCCAAAGUACCCAAAAUGUUUGUGUAUGUUAGACAUAUUUGUGUAUUUUGGAUAUGUUUUUGGUAUACAUAUAUUUUUUGAGUUUUUUGUUUGAAUUUCCGGUUAUAGUUUUGGAUUUCGAGUAAAAAUUCAAAUUUUAAAAAUAUUUUUUUGGGUAUUCAGAUACAAUUUUAUUUAGGUCAGAUUUUGGGUAAAAAUUUAGGUCUUUUGAGUAUUUUUUAGAUUUUCGGGUAUUUGUUCAGAUUUUUAGAUAUUUUUCGUGUUUCGAGUAUUUUUAUGUUUAUUGAGUAUUAUUUGAGUCCUAAAUAUCUAACAGAUCCAUACCCGUUAUGUACAAAAUAAUAACAAAUAUUUUAUAGGUAUCUGAAUUAUGUAGCCGAAACAAUCCAGAUUCGAAAUAAACCGAUCUGAAUCCAAAUAUUUUUUUCUAAAUACCUAAUUAGGUCCAAAAACUACAGACCUAGCAAAAUUCAUUGAUUUGUUUUAUAAAAUUUUGGGUGGAAAAUACUCUUGAGGUUUGAUCAAUAAUGUUUAAUAAGACAUGGCUCAUUUAUAUUUCAAAAGUUGAUCUCGUAAGAAAAUUUUGAUCUGAUGAAAGAUGAUGGUAUAUAUGAUAAUGACCCUUACGUAUUGAAACUUCGGUGCCGUUUAUAUCAAAUGUAUAUAUGUUAAAUUGAAGGAAGUUGAUUUAAGUAAAAUAACUAUUUGAAACAUUCCAUAUAUUAUAGUCAUGAUUUUAUUAAACUGGGUGAGAUUUAUUUAAACGUUAGAGGACAUUAUAUGGUUGCUAUAAAAUAGGGGUUAGUUAAAAAUAUUUUAGUUGUAUACUAUAGUUUGGACUAAAAAAUAAAUAGGUGCAACAACCUUUUGUAAGUAGAUUUUUGACUCCUUCCCUUUUAAUAGUAUUGAUUAGUUUACUAAAUGAAAAUUUAACUAACACCAUUAAUAGAUCAAAUAAAAUACUAAAGCUGGUCUUCCCCAAAAUUUACUUAGUAUUUUAAAAGUUUAAUGCAGUGGCAGUGUUUUUUACACAUUGGUUUUGUCGGUUGGCGUUGACUUGGCCCAACUCUUUCAGUGUGUCUUUAGCAGAGAUCUAAAGUUGAUUGUGUUGCCAGAAGCUACGCAUUGAGUAUUUCCUUUUUUUCAGAUCAGUUGGGCCAGAAGCGAUUUCUAGGAGGGAGUUGAAGAACAGUUCAAUGGAUUUAAAAGAGAUGUGGAAAUGUUAAGGUGUUUCCUAGAAGAUGCGGAAGCCAAGAAACAUACAAGUGCCAUGGUGAGAAACACUAUCAAAGAGGUCAAAGAAAUUGUUUUGGACGCUGAAGAUAUCGUUGAAACGUUUCUUCUAAAGGAAAAACUCGGAAAUACAAGUGGCAUCAUGAAGAAUGUGAGAAGACUUCCUUGGGUUAUUUCAGAACGCAGGGAACUUGCUUUUGGUAUAGAAGCAAUAAGUAAGAGAAUCUCCAAGGUGAUACGCGAUAUGCAGAGUUAUGGCGUACAACAGUUCAUUGUCAGUGAAGGGUAUUCACAGUCUCUACAAGAAAUACAAAGAGAAAUGCAACUAACCUUUUCUAGAGACGAAGAAGACCAUCUUAUGGGGUUGGAGAAAAAUGUUGAGAUAUUGGUUGGCUAUUUGGUGGCAAAAGAUAGCAGUCAUCAAGUGGUUUCCAUAACUGGGAUGGGAGGUCUUGGUAAAACCACACUCGCAAGACAAAUUUUUAAACAUGAGACAAUCAAAAGUCAUUUUCCAAGAUUGGCAUGGGUUUGUAUUUCACAACAGUUUACAAGGAUGUAUGUUUGGCAGACAAUCUUGCGACAGCUCAGGCCAGAAUACAAGGUGUUAGAGAUGACAGAAGAUGAACUUCAAGAAAAGCUCGUAUCAGUGUUGGAAACACAAAAGGCUUUGAUCGUCAUUGAUGAUAUAUGGAGAGAGGGAGAUUGGGACCGAAUCAAGCAUGUGUUUCUGCCCCAAAAAGGAUGGAAGGUAUUACUUACUUCUCGCAAUGAGGGAGUGGGAUUACAUGCAGAUCCAAAUUGUGUCACCUUCAACACAAAAUGCUUAACUUUAAAAAAAAGUUGGACUCUUUUUCAAAGGAUAGCAUUUCCAAUGAAAGACACAAACGAUUUCAAGGUUGAUAAAGAAAUGGAAGAUAUGGGAAAGCAAAUGAUUAAACAUUGUGGAGGUCUACCGUUGGCUUUAAAAGUGUUAGGAAGGUUGUUAGCUGCUAAAUACACAUUGCGUGACUGGAAAAGGAUUUAUGAAAAUAUUAGAUCUCACAUCGUCAACGGGACUAGCGUCAGUGACAUAAAUAUCAGUUCCGUUUUCCAUGUUUUGUAUCUGAGCUUCGAAGAGCUGCCAGUUUAUUUGAAGCACUGCUUCCUCUACCUUGCCCAUUUUCCUGAAGAUUAUAAAAUAGAUGUGGGGACAUUGUCGUAUUACUGGGGUGCAGAAGGAAUACAAAGGCCGAUGUAUUAUGAUGGAGCCAGCACUCGAGAUGUCGCAGAUGUAUACAUAGAAGAAUUGGUGAAGAGAAACAUGGUUAUUUCUGAAAGAGACGUUGAAACUUCAAGAUUUGAAACAUGCCAGUUGCAUGACAUAAUGAGAGAAGUUUGUUUACACCAAGCUGAAGAAGAGAAUUUCCUACAAAUUGGCACUUCAACUGCAAACUCGAAAUCUCUUUAUAAAUCUCGUAGAGUAGCUGUGCAUUGGCGGAAUGAGAGAUUUUUUCAUAUGGAGAACCCAAAACUUAGAUCUCUUGUGUUUAUAUCCAAGAUCAAAAGGCAUAUUGACGAGGGUAUAAAUAUAUGCUUUACACGGCUACCAUUGAUGAGAGUAUUAGAUCUCUCUCGUGUCAAGUUUGAAGGAGAGAAGAUACCAUCUAGCAUCGGGAAGCUCAUCCACUUGAGAUAUUUGAGUUUAAGAGAUGCAUAUGUAAAUCAUCUACCUUCUUCUAUGAGGAAUCUGAAGCAGCUGCUAUAUUUAAACCUAUGUGUAGGUUUAUCUCGAGUCUACAUGCCCAAUAUCUUGAAGGAGAUGCGAGAAUUGAUAUACCUCCAUUUUCCGUUGGCAAUAAAGAAUAAGGUAAAGAUGGAAUUGGGAAAUCUGGUCAAGCUGGAGACGUUGGAGAAUUUCUCAACCGAGCAUGGGAGUGUGAGUGAUCUCCAGUGUAUGACACGGCUCAGUACACUAUCUAUAUAUAUCAGAGGUAAAGGGCAUUCCGCGAAAACUCUCUCUUCAUCUCUAAGUCAGCUGAGAUGCUUGGAAAAGCUUGUUAUAAUUGAUUAUGACAAGUUGUAUUCUCCAACGAAUGAUGAUGAAGGGUUUGUUUUGGAUUGUGUUCAUCUCAAAGAACUAUUCCUGAGUAUAUAUAUGCCUAAGUUACCUGAUGAGCAACAUUUGUCUUCUCACCUUACAACCAUUUUGCUAAAGAAAUGUUAUUUGAAGGAGGAUCCAAUGCCAAUUCUAGAGAAAUUGAGUCAACUGAAAGAGGUUAGUUUACAGUAUCAAUCUUUUUGUGGAAGGAGAAUGGUUUGCUCGAGGAGUGGAUUUCCUCAAUUGCAGAAGCUUAAAUUAUAUGGACUAUCGGAACUGGAAGAGUGGAUAGUAGAAGAAGGCUCCAUGCCUGUUGUUCAUACUCUGACUAUUCGGGGUUGUGGAAAGUUGGAGCUUCCUGAUAGGCUGAGAUCUAUCACUUCCUUAAAGAAACUAAGUGUUCAAUUAAUGGGAGAGGAAUGGAAGAUAAGAUUGUCGGAAGGACACUUGCCUUCUCACCUUACAACCAUAACUCUAGCUCACUGUCGUUUGGAGGAUGAUCCGUUUCCGGUUUUAGAGAAAUUGUUUCACCUGAAAGAGAUUAUUUUAGGGAACAUAUCUUUCUGCGGGAGGAGAAUGAUUUGCUCGAGGGGUGGUUUUCCUCAAUUGCAGAAACUUAAAUUAUAUGGACUAUUGGAACUGGAAGAGUGGAUAGUAGAAGAAGGCUCCAUGCCCCUUCCCUAUUCUCUUGAUAUUGACCUUUGCUGCAGAUUAAAGGAACUUCCUGAUGGGCUGCGUUUCAUCACUUCCUUAGAGGAUCUUGUUGUUAGUAUGGGAUAUAAAUGGAAGAAGAGAUUACUGGAAGGAGGAGAAGAUUAUUACAAAGUCCAACACAUCCCUUCUCUUAGAAUCUUUAAGUGAAUUGAGACACUGGGAGAAUCUUAUGAUAUGCUAAGAGGUCGGAUGCUAGAGGAUUUUUUUUGGAUUGCGUUCAUUUCAAACAGUUGAAGUUGAGUAUACAUAUGCCAAGGUUACUCGCGGAGAAUUAUCUUCUUACCUUACAGUCAUUAAUCUAAAUCAUUGUUUUCGAAGGAGGAUACAUUUCCAAUUAUAGAGAAGCUGGUUCAGUUGAGAGAGGUCAGAUUAUGGCGGUCUUUCAGUGGGAGGAGAAUGGUUUGCUCGAAGGGUGGGUUUCCUUAAUUGCAUAGGCUUGAAUUUGGUGCAAUAGAUGAGUGAGAAGAGUGGAUAAUAUAAGAAGGCUCCAUUCCCUUUCUUCUAUAGUCUCUAUAUUAGUUAUUGUGAGAAAUUGAAGGAGCUUUAUGAUAGGCUACGAUUCAUCACCUCCUUAAAGGAUCUGAGUAUGGGAGCGGAAUGGAGGGAGAGAUUGUGAGAAGGAGAAGAAGAUUAUUACAUAAUCCAACACAACCCUUCUCAACAAUUACGGACUACCAGGUCGUAGCUAUAGCAAGAGCGGCACUUGACGGAUUCAAGAAUGAAGCGAAGAAAAUGGUAGUUGUAAUAGUUGAUAUGGAGCGAGCGUUUGUACAAACAAGGAAACAUCAUUUUGUCUGUUUUUGCUUUUUUUUAGCUCUGUCAGUUCUAGUGGCUUAAUCAUACUCAAACUUAUUGAUCAUUAUGGUACUUUCUAUCUCUAAACGUAUGAAGGUUUUCAACAUGUCAAAUGAAUCUACUUUUGAUGGUGUACUGCUUCUUUUUUUUUAAAAUGUUUGCCUAUUAAUCGAACAUCAAUGUUUCUUCAUGCAUGCUUUUUCAUUAGAGCCACAAAGUUGUAUUGUUUUCAUUUGCGCUGAAUUUCAAUAGAACUUCUCUCUCUCUCUUGGUCUCUGUUAACAUCUGUUGUUAGAACCAGUGAGAAAUUCUAAGGAGGAGAGACUGAUUAACUGUGUUCUAGUAACUAAAUUCGAAACUAAAGUCGGUCCAACUCCUAACUAAUGGAACUGCAGAUGAAACACUAUUAAGGUGCAAUAGUAUCUGCUUCCAGAACUAUUUUUUUUUAUGAAAUCUAGUUUUAUUAUGACAUUGAUAUCAAGAUGAACCAAGCAAGAAAUAUGUAGUCUUAGAAACUUACCUGCACAAAUCUCUCCCACGUUGUACAUUCAUAUUUUGAUGGAUAUUUUCUUCCAAAUACAUGGAAAAAUUGGGUUUACAGUCACAAAAUCGUUUUAAAUGCCAUAUUACCAGCUAAAUUAUGUAUUUUAAAUUUUUAUAUCAAAAGAAUUCUAAACAAUUUAUUAUAAAAGGUGUGACUCAUCAAAAAUAGAAACAAACAUCAAAAUUAAAAUUAAAAUAUAUAUUUCUCCAGGCUCAAUAGCAAAACACAGUAUCAAAUAAAUAAAAA